AUGUUGAGAGGCAGGAUUGGAAAAUGGACUCCGGCCUUGACAGAAUUUGCCUUCAGAUAUGUUCUCCAGAAAGCUAUUAAGGGACAAGCAGUGGCAGACUUCCUAGCAGACCAUCCAGGAGAAGAAAUUGAAAAUAUGGACUCUUUGGAUAUAGCAAGUGCAGAUCUAUUGACAAGAGCUCAUACCUGCCUACACAAUCCUAUCUAUUCAGUUCAUCUCACACCUUGGAAGCUAUACUUUGAUGGGUCAAAGAAUAACAUAGCUUAUGGGGCAUGA